AAGGUCUAAUGGUUCCCACGGUGAAAUAAAUAUACUUGUUUAUUGAAAAGGUAGCUUGCCAUUGGAGGAAGUGGAGUUAAUUAUGACCAUAAUUCCUAACCAAGCAGGACGUUAACGAAGCAGCUUUUUUUUUUGAAGUACUAUAAAUACAAAGGGAGGUCUCUGUUUUCUCACACUGCCGUUUGCAGUUGCAACUUUGCUUGUUGGUUGGUUGGUUGGUUGGUUGGUUGGGUUUGCAUUACUUUGUGCAGUCUCAAGAUGGCUUUCCAUCUUCCAUCUUUCACACUUCUGUUCCUCUUCUCCACUACUCUGCUCCUCUGCAAUGCCUUCCCUGCCCACCAAAACCACCACUUUCACCAUCCUCGCUUUGCCAGUCACAACUACAGAGAUGCUCUCACUAAAUCUAUCCUCUUCUUUGAAGGCCAAAGGUCUGGAAAACUCCCUUCUAACCAGAGGAUCACUUGGAGGAGGGACUCUGGCCUCUCUGAUGGCUCUGCAAUGCAUGUUGAUUUGGUUGGAGGGUACUAUGAUGCAGGGGAUAAUGUGAAGUUUGGGUUUCCCAUGGCUUUCACUACCACCAUGCUUUCUUGGAGUGUUAUUGAGUUUGGUGGGUUGAUGAAAGGUGAACUGGGAAAUGCUAAAGAGGCCAUUCGUUGGGCUACUGAUUACCUCCUCAAAGCCACUGCUUACCCUGACACCAUUUUUGUACAGGUGGGUGAAGCGAACAAGGACCAUUCUUGCUGGGAGAGACCAGAAGACAUGGAUACCCCAAGAAGUGUUUUCAAGAUAGACAAAAACACCCCUGGUUCCGACGUGGCAGCAGAAACUGCUGCGGCUCUUGCUUCUGCUUCACUAGUCUUCAGAAGAAGUGACCCCACUUACUCCAAACUUCUGGUCCGGAGGGCAAUUAGGGUGUUCCAGUUUGCGGAUAAGUAUAGAGGACCCUACAGCUACGGAUUGAAGAAGAUUGUGUGCCCCUUCUAUUGCUCUUACUCUGGUUAUCAGGAUGAACUACUAUGGGGUGCUGCUUGGCUGCAUAAGGCCACCAAGAACCCUACCUACCUUGACUACAUCCAAGUUAAUGGACAGAUUCUUGGUGCUGCCGAGUAUGACAACACCUUCGGGUGGGACAACAAGCAUGUUGGAGCAAGAAUUCUUCUUUCCAAGGCAUUUCUAGUCCAAAAGUUAAAAUCCCUCCAUGAUUACAAAGGCCAUGCAGAUAAUUUCAUCUGUUCUAUUAUCCCUGGAGCCCCCUUUUCUUCUACCCAAUACACGCCAGGUGGACUUCUGUUCAAGAUGAGUGAUAGCAAUAUGCAGUAUGUGACCUCUACUUCUUUCCUGCUCUUGACCUAUGCCAAGUACUUAACCUCUGCCCACCAGGUAGUUAAUUGCGAUGGGACUAUUAUUACCCCAAAGAGGCUUCGAAGCAUUGCCAAGAAACAGGUGGACUAUCUGCUAGGAGACAACCCUUUGAGAAUGUCCUACAUGGUGGGAUAUGGCCCCAGAUACCCACAAAGGAUACACCACAGGGGCUCAUCACUACCGUCCAUUGCUUCCCACCCUGCCAAGAUCCAGUGCUCCGCAGGCUUUAGUUUCAUGAAAUCCCAAUCUCCUAACCCCAACAUCUUAAUUGGUGCAAUCGUUGGUGGCCCCGAUCAGCACGAUCGAUUCCCGGAUGAACGGUCAGAUUAUGAGCAAUCAGAGCCCGCGACUUACAUUAACGCACCACUCGUAGGAACACUGGCCUACCUAGCCCACUCAUUUGGGCAGCUCUAGUAAACCAUUAUCUCCAAUUUAUUAGGUGUCUUUCUUUCAAUUACCUGUAAGUGCCAUGGUGAUAGGGUCGAGACGCAAGGCUCGUGCCCCAAACAUUGAAGCACAAUGGUCAAGGCGUAGAUGGCCUUGAUUCAUAUUAUAUAGAAACGAAUAUUGUUACAGUUUUAGGUUUUUAGGUUUUAGGCUUCGUGCCAGGAACGGCGUAUUUUUAGUAAUGGUUAUUUGGCCUGUUCUAUAUGGCAUUGGCCUUCUAAAGGCUUUCUACCAUGUAAUGUUACUCCAUUUUCGGAACUUGCAAUAUGUCUUCUAGUAUUAUCCUAUUUAAAAUUCGCUUUUAA